GACCUUGACUCACUUUACACCACAGCUCGACAACGAAGCAACUCAAUACACUCUCACACAAAAAUAUAACAACAAUUGUGUCACCAUUUAUUUCAGAAGUCAAGUCAGCGUCGGACAAGAUCUAUAAGAUCCCCAUCACAUUUCCCCCUUUUUAUAUCAUAUCCAUAUUCCAAACAAGAUGCCUCAGCUUGACUUUGAACCCCUCGUCACUGACGACACUCGAAUUCUGGGUCAAGACCCAUUGAUUCCUCCUCAAUUACUUGUUUCCGAAAUCCCCAUUACAAAUGAUUCUCUCAAGACUGUGGUGCAAGGUCGCAAAGAUGCCGUCGAGAUUAUUAUGGGUAGAAAUGACCGUCUUUUGGUCGUCGUCGGUCCCUGUUCCCUUCAUGACCCCAGCACCGCUAUCGAGUACGCAAAGAGACUGAAGGAUCUUUCCGAUAAAUUGUCAAGCGACCUUUGCAUUAUUAUGCGUGCCUACCUCGAGAAGCCCCGUACAACUGUCGGAUGGAAAGGUUUGAUCAAUGACCCUGAUAUUGACGAGUCAUUCAAGAUCAACAAGGGUUUGAGAAUUAGUCGUCAACUCUUCUGCGAUCUCACCAGCACCGGCAUGCCCAUUGCAACUGAAAUGCUCGAUACCAUCUCCCCACAAUUCCUCGCAGAUUUGAUUUCCCUCGGUGCCAUUGGUGCCAGAACCACCGAAUCACAAUUGCAUCGUGAGCUUGCAUCCGGUCUAUCUUUCCCAGUUGGAUUUAAGAACGGUACCGAUGGAAGCUUGACUGUUGCAAUUGAUGCCAUUGGAUCUGCGGCUGCCAAACAUCAUUUCAUGGGUGUUACAAAACAAGGUCUUGCUGCCAUCACUAGAACUAGUGGAAACGAGCACGGAUUUGUUAUCUUGCGUGGUGGUACCAAGGGUACCAACUUCGAUGCUGAGAACGUCAAGCUCACCAAGGAGACUUUGACCAAGAAGGACCAAAAGCAAGCUAUCAUGAUUGAUUGCUCUCACGGAAACUCAAACAAGGACCACCGAAAUCAACCCAAGGUAGCUCAAGUUGUCGGUGACCAACUCCGUGCUGGUGAAAAAUCCAUCAUCGGUGUCAUGAUCGAGUCCAACAUCAACGAAGGCAACCAAAAGGUCCCUGCCGAGGGUCCAUCCGGUCUCAAGAAGGGUGUUAGCAUCACUGAUGCUUGUAUCAACUGGGAAUCUACCGUCGAAGUCCUCGAGCAACUUGCGGAUGCUGUCCGAGAACGCCGCAAGCAUUCUUCUGCUUAGAUUUACGGGGGGUAUAUGUCUGGACGAUUAAAAAGUUCUCGGUUAAGUUUUAUUGGGAAAAUGUGUGAAGUAUGGCGUAUAGUGGAGUUUUUACUGCUCAUCACUCUCUGUGAAAUGGUUUUUCUGGACAUGCUGUGGAUCUUGAGAGCUUUGUUAGGAAGAAAAAGAAAAGAAAUAUAUGUUCUCUUUGACAAAAAUUUUCUUUGCAUCAUGCUAUUUUUUUGUCUCCGACAGUUUCUGGCCGCGCCUCAUUUUUGGGUUGAUUCCCCUAAUAAAAGUGUUCCUGGAUAUUCAACUUCAUCCUUUACAAAUUAAAAAGUCACA